AUGAUAAGAGCAACUAGAAAAGAUUUAUUUGAUAUAGCCCAUGCGGAUGCACUCACCUUAAUUAAAAUUGAAGAAGACCGAAACUUCUUAAUAGCGCAGCGAGAAAAAAAGCGGCGUGGCUGCAUUAUGGGAGGAGACAAAGUUUUACAUCUAAAAGAAUGUAAAGCUGAAAAGAGGAAGAAGGAAUACCAGCUUAGAUGUGAACGUGAAGAGCAACGAAAAUACACUAAUAGUAGUAGUGAGUUUGUCAGUGACGUGUUGAGAACAAGCACAGACCUCGGGUCAGACAGUAGUUAUAAUAGCGAUAAUAAUUUCUCGAUUCCGUGUAACUACAAUAAACAGAUGCCUGAAAGGGGAAAGGUGCAAAAGCGAAAGAAAGUUCGUGGCACUGGAAGCACAUCUCUAAUCACACCCCAGCUCGCUGCUACGCUUGACAGAGCUAAUAUAAGUGACCGAAAAGCGACUUUUAUAGUCACUGCUACGCUUCAAAGUCUGAGUCGCUCAUCUCUGCGAAGAGCGAGGCAAAAUGCCUCUCUACAAAUAUAA